UCGUUUAUUCAUUUUUCCGUAAACCUAACCUAACCGAUCAAACUCGUGACUUUCUCGCGAAGUUGUCGGUGAGUCGAAACGUGAUCCCGAAACGGGCUUCGCUUCGAGGAAGGAGAAAGGAGAGGAAGGAUACGGGUGGUCGACGCGGGAACUAUGUUACGCGGUUUCGCUUUAAAAUGUCUGGAACCCGUUAGAGGAAAUUCCCUGUCAUGCACGGCAAUAUGGCGUAACAAACAGACGGUCGUAAUUCCUCAUCGUUAUUACGAAAGAUUUCGUCGAAGCGGUGACGGUCGAAAGAGGGAAUGGUUCGAGGAGAAAUCGGCUGCCAAUCAAGAGGAGUAUUUUAGGAAGAUAACGGCCAGACAAUUGAAGGAAAUACGCGAGCGUAGCAUCAAGAAGAAAGCCGAGUGUGAAGCUGAGUGUAAAGAGAAGUGUGACAAGAAGUGUAAAGAGGAAUGUAAAGAACAGGAUGAAAAAGAGGCCACGUCUACAGCAAAUCAUAAAAAAGCAAGCGAUGCGAUAAAGUGCAAUCCGAGUGACGACUCGGCAUGCAAUCCUGCGGAAGCAGGAUCAAACGAUGCUCCUAUCGAUAGGUACUUACAUUACAUUAGUUUUUCAAUUAACUAUAAGUUAAAUUAUUAAUAAU